AUGAGCUUCUUAGCCAAACUCUCCCAACUUAAAAAGCUGGCCCCUAGAGUUGAAGAGAAAAGUCGCAAGAAAGACGUAGGUAAGGAAGAUAAAAGCAAGAUAAUAGACCCACUGAAGAUCGAAGGUCCACUUUUCCCAAAGCAUUAUGUCCGAGAAGAAGACCCAGCUAUCAAACGCCUGAAAGAGCUACGACGGAAAGAGCAGUUAAAAAAUGCUGCUGCCUUGGGUAAAAAGACACCUGCGCCAGCAAGCAGAAAGAAAAAGGACGAAUCCACUUUAGAUACGGAAACUAAGUUUCGAAGAAAAGCUGGCGAGUCAACAAAGAUACACAGACCCGUCAAAGCUGUCGUACGAGAGCCUAUAAAAAAACUGAGCUUCGAUGAGCUUAUGAAGCAAGCUGAAGAAAAGGCCACUUCUCCGCCCAAAACUCUAUCUGGUAAUGGUCAAACCCCCAGGCCCGCUCCUCGUGUCCCCUUUAAGCAGGCAGCAAAUCGGACGCAGAAAGAAGGCUUCAGAAGCAAGUUCAGACAAGGACAACGGGACACUUCACACCCUCGAAAAGCAGAUAUUGAACGACCAACUCAUAAACAACAGCGACCUCCCGUGUCUAAACCCUCCAUUGCACAACCUAAUGCUAAGCUGCGGAAAAAGUUAGAUAUUAUCAAGCAACGUCGUCAAUCGAAGCACCACGAAUCUGAUGACGGGGAAGACUUGGACGAUUUUAUAGAAGAUGAUGACGAAGAACAAGAUUAUAAUCGGGAUGAGAUUUGGGCUAUGUUUAACAAGGGUAAGAGGAGAAGGGACUUUGGAAGUGAUGAUGAAUCUGAUAUGGAGGCCAACGAAAUGGAGAUAUUAGAAGAGGAGGAACAUGCUGCGAAAAUGGCACGAUUAGAAGAUAAGAAGGAAGAGCAGUGGCUGAAGAAACACGAGCAACAGAAAAGAAAGAAGCUUGGAAAGCCCUAG